UGUGAGGUCAAGAUAUCAAACAGAUUGUCCGCAUUUUCCGUUCUUAGCAUGGCCGGUAGAUAUGUCAACGAGGACAGUGUAGAAUCAGAACGUCCUCUCAAAGUUUGCGCAGAGGCUGGCAGGAAAUGUGUGCGGAAUAUCCACCAAUAUCCUGUCUUGUCUGCAGAGUGGAUUGCACUGGUGGACUCCUUGAAGCAGCUGUCAAGAUUGGUACAGCUUGAAGGAAGAAUGCCAGCAAAUCCAAAGGUCUUGGAAACACGAGGCCGAGAUCGAGAGUCUGAAGGUACUUUGUGGGACCAGGAGGCCCACGAGAAUGCAAUUCGGAUCUUGGUGGAAGAGGCCAAAGUAAAUCUGUGCCUCAGGAUGAUGUACGACUUCAAGAAGUGGCAGUACAACUCAGCUGAAAAGCAGGCUGUAAUGGAGGAAGCAAUGAAGGCUUACGAGUCAACGGAGAUGCAGCUGGACCAGAAGUGCGUUCAGUUUGAGGACUGUUUGGGAACACUUCUGCGGAAAGCAUUUAUGCAUGUGGAGACCUUGCAGCUGAUGGACAUACCAUUGCUGAUAGAGCAUUGUGCUUUCAUCCUGCACGCUUGCUUCAACCUUGCAGAAGGUCCUGGUGAUGCUAGACUUCAAGAGACUGUAGUUCUGUACUACUUUAGCUCAUUGAUGAAGCACGCUGAGGCGUUGAACAAUUCGGAACUCUUGGCAAGGAGCCGUGAACUGCAGUUGGUAGAGCUGGCAGUUGGCCACUAUUUGCGGUUUGCGGAUCAGUUCCCUGAAGAGUUGAAACAAAGCCUGGCAGAAGGCCUAUCAGCAAUGGCAGACAAUGAGGACUUCCGGACUGAAUGGGAGAGUUUCUUUUUUACUCCCGAGGCAAAACUAAGUUUCCUCCAAUUGGAAGAGAGGCUCAGCGCUCCGAUCCUGGAGGAAAGACCUGAGAAGCGGCGAGAAAUCAGACCUUUGUUGGAUUUCUAUAACACCAUCAAGCGAUCCAUGUAAGGCCCAACAGAGCUUCGGCUGAUCCUACCACAAGGCGGUAGAGCGUUUGAAUUUGGUUUUCUGAGCGGUUGGAGCUGCCACCAGUUACUAGCAGAGGGGUCACUGCCGGAAGCAGAUUGAUUAGGUAUAAUAUAGACGGUGCCGG